GCAGCAAAACAAGGAUCACAGCAGUGAACAGGAGAAGGAAUAUACAACCACCCCAGCAUUGUUUAGAAGAAUUAUCCAGGACAAGCUGGCAGCAACAAAACACAGGAAAUAAUGUUCUUUUGGAGGAUAGCCAUGUUCAGCGCUCUCAUGAGGGUGCACACCUCUUCCCAGAUUUCAUGGAACUUCAUCUUGGACACCUUCAUCUAUUCAUCUAUUCACAGCAAGUGGGGCAAAAUAGAGGAGAACACCACACAAUUGGAGUUACACAGACAAAAGCGCCAAGACAUGUUGCCAGAAUACACGAUUGCUGUGGAGAUAAACUUUGUAGACAUCUCACUCCGGGAGGACCUCAGAAAAUUUUUAAAAAACCUUAGUCUCCCAGUUUCAGUAAACGUCUCUGAUUCAGAUAUAAGCAUUUCACAAAUUAAUAUUACUACCAUAUGCAACUCAGCUGGCACUAAUCAUUCUCAUUGUUUCUGUGAACCUGAUUAUGGAUGGUCUGCCAAGAUCUGUAAAGCAUAUCCUGUCUGCCCUAAUACUACAAUGGCAGCGGGAAAGAGCUGCAACUGUAUCGCGCAGAUUCCUCCUCAAGGGACUUUUUGUGAACUUCAGUCAGAAGAUAUGCCUUCAGUGCUCAUAACAAAAAUGUCUGUCCGACUUGAUAUACCCUUCAAGGAUGCUCUAUGGGAUUCAUCCUCUGUGUUGUUCAAACAAUACAAACAUGAUCUUGAGAAAGCAUUUAUUGAGGGCUAUUCAGUUUUACCCGGUUUCAUAAAUGCAACAGUUACAAGAUUCAGGCCUGGAAGCAUCGUAGUUAGCUAUGAAAUAACCUCAGCAAAGCAGAUCCCGCUUGAAAAUGCACAUCCUGAUAUAGCAGCUCUCUUACGUUACCCCUAUCACUUAGCAUCCUCCACUUUUUCAACAGAAGUCUUUGGUAAAGUAAAUAUCUCUACUUCUCCUGAACACAUUUUCGAGGGAGAUACAGUAAAAAUAACCUGCACAACAGAAUACAUUUCAAGAAAGGUGACCUGGAGUUAUAAUGUCAUCAAGGCUGACAGGCUUAUAUUUACAGACGAGGUUAAAGAUGGAAGCAAGAUAGCAACCCUGACAAUAACAGACAUCAAGUUGAACGAAGCAGAUAAUUUUACUUGCAAUUUUAAAGAUGACACAGGGAAAUUGUCCUCAACAUACAUAGGUGAAGUUAAUAUAGUGGUCUCUCAAAUUAAACUUGUGCCAUCAGAAAAUGUUUCUAUUGUCUGUGAUGGUACAGAUAGAAGAGAACUAAGCUGCUGCACAGAUAGAGACAUACAACUUUUCUCUCCUUAUUGGAGACCCAAUGGAGCAAUAAAUAUUUCAGGAAGCACUACAUCUAUGAACAACUGUACCAUCUACUCGCUACAGGCUAGUGAAUCUCAGUGCCCAGUAGACAAGUCUGGUACCAGCACUGAUUAUACAUGUGAACUAAACACCACCUAUGGUGCUCGUGCCAAUAAAAUACUCAAAGUGACAUAUUUUCGUGUGGCAAAAAUAACCCUUUCUAGUUCAAAGGACAUUGUUUCUGAGGGAGAUGCUUUCUUUUUAACAUGCCAGAGUGAUGUCAGCAAUUAUGACACGGUCAUUUGGAAAAUUCAGAAUGGCAGGAGUAUUAAGCAAAUAGAUAGUAGGUGGUACACCACCACGAAGACCUUCACAGGUGCCACGUCUGUGCUGAGUGUACCUAGAGCAAACCAGGACUGGACUGGCAUCUAUACAUGCAACUUUUCCCAAAGUUUUUUGAGCAGCUUUGGAAAUAUAACAAUUAAAGUUAUUCCUUUGCUCCGGCCUCAAGAGAUCAUAAGAGAUCCCAUAGAGACUGUCAUUUCUUGUCCAUCAACAAGAAUUCUAGAAUGCUGUACACGACGGAUGGAAAAUUACAUUGUUUAUUUGUUUUCUCAUGAUCACAAUAUGCCUUUACGCAUUAGGGCAGAAAGAAGGGAAAGAAAUAAUCUCAAUUGCUACUAUUCCAUACAAAGUUUCACAGACAUACACUGCAGUUCCAAAGAAUAUGAUCUCCAGGUAUAUUGUAUGUUUAUGAAUCAGAUCAAUCAUAAUGUGACAAGUCCAGCUAUGGUCCUACAUUUUGUACCAGCAAAAAAUGUGGUGUGCAAUUCCUCAGACAUUGGUGUGGGAGCAAAUGAAGCGCAGAUCAUAAAACCUUGCUUAAAUUUCCAUGGGACAAGUAACUCUGUGAGAGGAAACAUCACUUAUAGAUGUGAUCGUACAAAAUGGACUGUUCAUAGAAACAACUGCCUGGCUGGUCCCAUCAAUAACCUUUUGGAUUCUGCUGAGUCUUUAGCUUCCAGUCCAGAUUCCCAGAAGAAGUUGCCCGCAUUCCUUAAAGAACUGAAAGAAACCACCAAGCAGACACAGGAGAAAAUAAACAAGUCUGCUGCAAACUUAAAUGCUGUUCUUGAAACCCUGACUUUGGUAUCAGUAAUACCAGUAGAGGCGAAUGAAGAGAAUAUGGCAAACUUUGGAUCUACUGUCGAAACUAUUAUCACCAGUCCAACAGAAACUUGGAAACAUGUGCAGAAUGGGAGCUCUCAAUUACUUGGCUCAGUAGAACAAUUUAUAGGAUCACUCCAACCAAUUAAUCAAUCUGUUCCUUCAAUCAUACAUGACAGUCUUCAAAUCAAAGGAACUGUUCUUGGGGAAAGUAGUCCCUCCAUUUAUAACAGCAGCUUUGCUUUUCUCCAGUCUGCAGGCCUCCGGGGAAGUGUGCUGAUUGAGGAUGUAAAAUGUGAUACUGAGAAAUCAAUCAUGAUAGUCAGUGUGGCUUAUUCAACACUUCAACGUAUCAUUCCACAGUAUAGAAAGGAAAUGGUAAAUAGUUUGGUAAUGACAACAGUAAUAAGUCCCCGAAUAAAUGAGGAUUUCCAGAUCAAAAUGGCUUUUGCAAAGCGUGAAAAGGCUAUGAGCAAUCCACAAUGUGUCUUCUGGAAUUUCAGUUUGGCAGAAGGAGGAAACUGGGAUAACACAGGCUGUGAAACUGAAGAUGAUGGGGACAGUGUCAUUUGCUCUUGCAAUCAUACAACAUCCUUUGCCAUGCUCAUGUCUCCCUAUCAGGAAACUUCACUGGAUGAAUUGACUUAUCUCACUUACAUUGGCCUGAGCCUUUCUAUAGUGAGCCUGAUGAUUUGCCUUGGAAUAGAACUGCUUGUGUGGAAAUCAGUCACGAAAACAAGAAUUGCAUACUUGCGCCAUGUUUGUAUUCUGAACAUUGCAGUUUCUCUCUUGAGUGCAGAUAUCUGCUUCAUUGUUGUUGCUGCAACACAUGACCAAAAUUAUGAAGUGGAGGGGAAUCUUUGCAUAGUAGCAACUUAUUUCAUUCACUAUUUCUACCUCUGUGUCUUCUUUUGGAUGUUCGCUUUGGGACUGAUGCUCUUCUAUCACUUGGUCUUUCUUCUACACAAUGCAAGCAAGACCAUCAUGAAAACCAUUGGCUUCUGCUUGGGAUACAUCUGUCCUCUAAUAAUAUCAGUCAUCACACUAGCCAGCACCCUUCCAUAUUCCUCUUACACAAGGAAAAAGAGUUGCUUUCUCAACUGGGAGGAAAGCAAAGCCCUCUUGGCCUUAGUGAUUCCUGCCAUGAUCAUUGUUGCUAUUAAUGCUAUUGUUACUGCUGUGGUUAUAGCAAAAAUAUCAAGACGUUCAAUUGGGGAAAAGUCCAUCAAUGAAGAAAAAAGUUCUUUGUACCGAAUUGCCAAGAGCAUUGGUGUAUUGACACCGCUAUUAGGUCUUACUUGGGGAUUUGGACUGGCCACCGUUGUUCCAGGAAGUCCCAAAAUAUUCCAGAUGUUAUUUACGAUUUUCAAUGCCUUUCAGGGAUUAUUCAUUCUGUUGGGUGGAACUCUCUGGGAUAGGAAGGUACGAGAAGCUCUACUGAAUAAAUAUUCUUGCUCAAGAUGGAGUUCACAACAUUCAAAGUCAACAUCGCAAGGCUUGUCGGCUCCUAUGCUUUCCAUCAAUUCACCUUUUUCAAGAACUUUAAAUAAUUUGUUUGGUAAAGCAGGAAAAUACCAAGUCUCUUCUACGGAAUCAUCAACUGUAUUGUCUGAAAGCACUUCGAAGGCACAUACUGUACUGACAUGAGUUCUUAAAUACCUGCAUUUUUGAAAGAGCUCAAGUAUUUUUCAAAUAAUAACUACAGAAUAAAUAGUGAAUAAUAGAAUGUUGACUUUACAGAUUGUGGAAAAGAAAUGGCUUUUUAAUUAACUUUUUUUUUCUGGUAUACCAAAUAAUGAACAGACAAAUAAUUGAAAUCUUUUAAGCUAGACAUUCUGUGACUCAGGUUCUAAUGCUAUUUUACAGCAUUAUUUAUUUUACAGUAUCUUUCAAUGUAGCCAUGUUUGUUCCAAUCCAGUGUUAAAAAUGGACCGGUGGGAAAGACAUAUCACAGCCAAGAGCAAACGG